AUGGCAGAGUUCAACGUGAAGGCUGCCGCUGCCACUGCCACUGCCGCCCAAACGUUAAGUGGCAUCAGCCAACCGCUUCUCAAACCUGGUAGCGCUCACCAACUACAACUCCAUCCAUUUCGGGGAGCGACGAGGUACGGGAUGAUUACGCAGCAGCACGUUGAGGUUGGCGGAGUGAGGAAAAUGGUUCUUGUUGUCGAGGCGGAUGGGGUCGGUGAGGGGCCGGUGGUGCAGGAUGGUUACACAGAGUGGCUUGAGCGACGGCGCGAGAGGAAUGGGACAAAAAGCGGCAUUGAGACUACUGCAGGGGCUUUAGAAGAGGGGGAACUGUCUAAUAAGGGUCCUUCGUUAGCUGCGACUGCUAUGGAUGAGACCUCUCCCGUUGAUGAUAGUCCGCCCUUGCUCGAGUUCGACCCGGAUAAGGACCAGGACGAGGAGCAGCACGAGCACUCCAACCUUUAUCACACAGCCCACACGUGA